AGCGGCAUUUUGAGGAAACUCAGGUCUCCCAAGGAAUGCGACGGCAAACUCAUCCUGUUGCCCAACAAGUGGACCUAGUCUUUGCUGUCGGAGGCUGCCCCCUGUCUAUGAAUGUUGUCAGUGGGAUAGAGUGCUACAAUCCCCUGUCUCAUGAAUGGAAGCUUUUAGGUCCCGGGUUUAAACAUCGCUGUGGGGCUGGAGUGACGCCCCUCAAUGGUUCGAUCUACGCCAUCGGGGGCUAUGACGGGACAAGUUGCCUUAGCAGUGUGGAAAGGUAUGAUCCUAAAAUAAAUGAAUGGAGGAGUGAUGUGGCCCCCCUGAGGGAAGGCAAAAGAGAUAUGGGAGUCGCAGAACUGGAGGGUUAUCUAUACUGCGUUGGAGGCCACGAUGGAAUAACGUGCCUCAGCACAGUGGAAAGAUACGAUCCUGGAGAAAACAGGUGGUGCAAGGUGGCUCCUCUGACCUGUCGCCGAAUGGGCCUGGGUCUGGUAGCCCUAGGGGGCUAUCUUUAUGCCAUAGGAGGGUCAGAUGGUCAAUCUCCACUGCGUUCAGUCGAACGCUACAGUCCCAGAGAGGAUGCUUGGUCUCCUUGUCCCCCUCUGAGAACCUGCAGGGUAAACUUUGGCUGCGUGGCCUUCAGAGGGAAAAUCUUUGCCGUGGGAGGAAGGGACGAGAUCACUGAACUGUGCAGCGCGGAGCGCUUUGAACCAGAGACCAACGAGUGGUCGCCCAUGAUGCCCUUGAGAUCCAAGCGAGACAAGGUGAACUUGGCUGGGGCCAAUGGCUAUCUAUUGGCUAUCGGAGGGUUUGAUGGGGUGGUGCACUUGACAACGGUGGAAGCCUUUGACUUCGAAGCCAAUCGAUGGAGAUUAUUUGGCAACAUGAAGAGCAGGCGGCCAGGAGGAGGUGUGGGUGUGCUGAAGAUGAUAGGCUAGAAGGGGUCAUCAGUCCUGUUCUGCAAUCCGGUAUUGAAGACAACCAUCGGGGAUUAAAGCACUUAGGCGGGUUGAGAAUCGUUUGCCGUGGGGAAA